AUGAACAUCUCUCGAGCUGCCCGACGCGUGCCUCAACCCUUGAGGGCGCGAAUCAUGAUGCGCUCCAGCCAUUCCGCUGCGAUGCGUCCGUGGCCGACGACGCACUCCAAGAUCGCCGAACCUCUGCCCACUCACAACUUCAUCGGAAACAACUUUACGCCUUCCGCGGCUACGACCUGGAUCGACGUUCAUGAUCCCGCCACCAACAACGUCGUGACGCGCGUGCCCGAGUCCACCGACGAGGAGCUCAAGGCCGCCGUCAAGGCUGCGGAGGAUGCGUUCCCCGCCUGGAGGGACACGAGCAUCCUGCGGCGCCAGCAGAUCAUGUUCAAUUUUGUGCGUCUGAUCCGCGAGAACUGGGACCGUCUCGCUGCGUCUAUUACUCUUGAGCAGGGCAAGACUUUUGCCGAUGCUCGAGGUGAUGUCCUCCGUGGCCUCCAGGUUGCCGAGACUGCCUGUGGCAUCACUACCCAGAUCACUGGUGAGGUUCUCGAGGUUGCCAAGGAUAUGGAGACGCGCAACUAUCGAGAACCCCUUGGUGUCGUUGCUGCUAUUUGCCCCUUCAAUUUCCCUGCCAUGAUACCUCUGUGGUCUAUCCCGAUCGCUACCAUUACUGGUAACACGCUUAUUAUCAAGCCCUCAGAGCGUGACCCCGGUGCCGCUAUGAUCCUAGCUGAGAUCGCCAAGGAGGCUGGGUUCCCCGACGGUGUCAUCAACGUCAUCCACGGCACCCACCGCGCCGUCAACUUCAUCAUCGAUGAGCCUGCCAUCAAGGCCAUCAGCUUCGUCGGCGGCAACGCUGCUGGAGAAUACAUCUACGCCCGAGGCUCCGCCAACGGCAAGCGUGUCCAGGCCAACCUCGGCGCCAAGAACCACGCUGUCGUCCUGCCGGACUGCAACCGGAAGAGCACCAUCAACGCCAUCACCGGUGCUGCUUUUGGUGCCGCUGGCCAGCGGUGCAUGGCUCUGAGUACUGUUGUGCUUGUUGGAAACGACACUCAGGCCUGGGUUGAUGACUUGGUUGACGCCGCUAAGCAGCUGAAGACUGACGGUGGUUUCGAAGACGGCGCCGACCUGGGCCCUGUUAUUACCCCCAAGUCCAAGGAUAGAAUCGAGGCCCUGAUUGCCUCAGCUGAGGAGGAGGGUGCCAAGAUUGUCCUUGAUGGUCGCGGUUAUGCCCCUGCCAAAUACCCCAAUGGUAAUUUCAUCGCUCCUACCAUCAUCGACGGCGUGAAGACCCACAUGAAGUGUUACACGGAGGAGAUCUUCGGCCCUGUGUUGGUCGUGCUACACGCUUCCACGCUCGAAGAGGCCACCAAGCUCGUCAACGCAAACGAGUACGGCAACGGCACGGCAAUCUUCACCAACUCAGGCCCCAAGGCCGCAUGGUUCCAGAAGAACAUCGAGGCCGGCCAGGUCGGGAUCAACGUGCCCAUCCCCGUGCCCCUGCCCAUGUUCAGCUUCACGGGCAACAAGAAGAGCAUCGCCGGCGGUGGUGUCAGCACCUUUUACGGCAAGUCCGGCCUGAAUUUUUACACGCAGACCAAGACUGUAACCAGUCUGUGGAAGGGCGAAGAGGAGGCUGAUUCUGGGAAGAGCGUCAACAUGCCUACGCAGAGCUGA